AUGCCGUCGUUCGAAGAAACCGUUAAUUCGCUCCGCCAUCAAUCGGGGGAGGACAAGCAGCCCCUCCCACGGGUUACGUUGGGUGCCAUUAACAGAGAUGGCUCCUUUCACUACGCGAAGGCGUUUGGGGAAGACUCUACCGAUACACCGAACACUGAUGCCGUACAUUGGAUCGCGUCUUGCACAAAGUUUCUGACCACUGUUGCUGUGAUGCAGCACAUGUUGACUCACUCUAGUGGCAUGGCAUAUGUAUUCAUGCACCCGCUCCUGGCUCGCUACCAAGAGCUGCAGGGCGAACGGCCACUUAUCCAGCAAACUGUGAAAGAGUCCUAUCACCCUUUCCUGUUGUUCGAACCUGGCGAGCGCUGGCUGUACUCGCCAAGCGUCGACUGGGCAGGGGUCGCGGUCGAGCGGGUCACUUCCAUGAAGCUUGGGGAUUACAUGAAGCACCAUAUAUUUGACAUCGUUUCCGCCAAAGACGUUACCUUUCAUCUUGACCAACGAGAGGACCUUCGCGCGCGGAAGGCUAAGAACUGGGAAAGAGUAGGCCAGAGGCUGGAAGAGGAAAGGAGCCCAGUAUGGCCCGACCCAAUUGCAGAGGACCAAGGCAUUCUCACCGGGAAGCUGCUCCGGCCUGAAACUAUCAAGCUCAUGUUCCAGCCCCAUUUGGGAAGUAACAGUGGCCUUGACAAACCAGAUGAGUAUCCAUUGCCGGUGCAAAAUGCAAUCUGGAAUGCUGUGCCGCAUGACGUGCCUGUCAGCUUUGGGCUAGGUGGUCUUGUUAACACCGCUGCAGUUCCUGAGCAACGUGGGCUGCACUCACUCACCUGGUCCGGUAUACCGAAUUGCUAUUGGUGGAUCGACAUUAACAAUGGCGUCGCUGGUAUAUAUCUCUCUCAGCUUGUACCGAUGGGGGAUCAGAAGUCUGUGGAGCUGCUUACAGAGUUCGAAAAGUUUGUGUACUCGUCGUUGAACUAA